AUGCCACAGUUUCAACAACCUGCUUUUGAUCCUCAACAAUUUCUUCAAUGGCAACAGCUUCAACAAACCUCUCAAAUGCAACAACCUCAGUUUCAACAAACUCAAGAAGAUCUUGUGGAAUCACCAUCAAAAGCAAAGCCGCAAAAAAAGAAGCCAAGCAAGAUGAUGACUCAGAAGAAUGACGAAAUUUCAACACCAACGAGUCGUCAAAAGUGGCCUCAAAGUGAUGAGGUUUUGCUAGCCCAAGGUGUGAUUUCAACUUCUAUGAAUCCAAUCAUUGGCAACAACCAAAAUGCGGAGGCCUAUUGGGGUAAGAUUGAAAAAUACUACAAUGAAAAUGAACCUGUAGUUCCACGAGAUGCUCACAAUCUACGAACUCAUUGGCAUAUGUUUAAAUGUAAGGUGAAUAGAUUUAAUGAGUUGUAUUUACAAGUCAAGUCUCGUUACAAAAGCGGUUGGUCAGAUGACAAGUACAUCCAAGAGGCUAGACAAUUGUAUAUCAAUGAUCCAUCUAACAAGACUUCUGCUACUUUCACAUACGAACACGUAUGGAAUGUUGUAAAAGAGCAUGGUAAGUACAACUCUGCUACGCAUGUUCAUGGCUUUCAACCCCCUAAAAGAACAAAAUCUAAUAGCUCGAGGGGGUAUACGCGUUCUGCUUCUGAUGCCAACUUUGGUCAAGCUUCUGAAUUCACAAUAUCACUUAAAGAUGUUGAUAAUGAAGACUCUGAAGUUCAAGUUCAGCAGGUUGCUCCAACAUGUCCAACUGGGAGGAACAAGGCCAAAGCCAAGCUAAAAGGCAAAGCAGGAAUAGAGUCGUCUGAAUACGACAUGAGGAAGCUAAAGCUUAUUGAUGAGAUAUCCUCGACCAAUCGUGCUAAGAAUGAAGCGAUCACCAAAUUCGAGCAUAGAAUCGAUAAAUUCUAUGAAAUUGAGCAAAAGAAGCUCGAGAUGAAACAGAAAAAAAUGCUCUUACUUGACACCACUAACAUGAAUCCAGAUCAACAAGCCGAACACGAGGCAAUGUGCGCUGAAAUCCGUGAGAAAUACGGCUACAAUCGUAUUUAA